GCUCUGAUCUCACUUCCUCUGGCGCCCAGAGCCCGGAUCAAAGGCUAGCGAGGCAGGCUCCGCUGCAGCAGGAUCCAACAUGGCCAGCAGCAGCUUUCCCAAACCGGAGGAAAAGAGCCUCCAGGCCCUGCGCGACGUCGCCAACCGGCUCCGGAUCCACUCCAUCCGCGCCACCUGCGCCUCCAACUCUGGCCACCCCACAUCAUGCUGCAGUGCUGCAGAGAUCAUGUCCGUCCUCUUCUUUCACACCAUGCGCUACAGGCCCCAGGAGCCAGGCCACCCCAGCAAUGACCGCUUUGUGCUCUCCAAGGGCCAUGCUGCACCUGUGCUGUAUGCUGCAUGGGCUGAAGCUGGUUAUAUCAAAGAGCCAGAACUUCUGAAUUUGAGGAAAAUAAACUGUGAUUUGGAAGGCCACCCAACUCCAAGGCUGCCUUUUGUGGAUGUGGCCACUGGUUCACUGGGACAGGGCCUAGGAGCUGCCUGUGGAAUGGCCUAUACAGGAAAAUAUUUUGAUAAAGCCAGUUACCGAGUGUAUUGCUUGUUGGGUGAUGGUGAAUCCUCGGAGGGCUCUGUAUGGGAAGCCCUGCAGUUUGGAUCUCAUUACCAACUGGACAAUCUGGUAGCCAUUUUUGAUGUCAACCGGCUGGGGCAGAGUGAAGCAGCACCAUUAAAGCAUGACAUUGAUGUCUAUCGCAAGCGUUGUGAAGCCUUUGGGUGGAACACCUAUGUCGUAGAUGGUCAUGAUGUUGAAGAACUGUGUCGGGCUCUGUGGCAAGCAAGUCAGCAGAAGGGGAAGCCUACAGCUAUAGUGGCCAAAACAUUCAAAGGGCGAGGAAUCCCAGGUGUGGAAGAUGCUGACAACUGGCAUGGAAAGCCUAUGCCAAAGGACAAAGUGGAGUCUAUCAUCAACUCUAUUCAGAGCCAAAUUGAGACUAAUAAAGUCUUGCCUAUCCAACCACCUGCACAAGAUGUGCCAGAAGUCAAUUGCAUGAAUAUCAGGAUGCCCUCUCCACCUGCCUUCAAAAUUGGGGAAAAGGUGGCCACCCGAAAAGCCUAUGGUUUAGCACUGGCUAAGCUAGGAAAUGCUAACUCCCAUGUGAUAGCCUUGGAUGGUGACACUAAGAACUCUACUUUCACUGAGCUCUUCAAGCAGGCUCAUCCUGAACGCUAUAUAGAAUGUUUUAUUGCUGAGCAGAACAUGGUCAGUGUAGCCCUAGGUUGUGCUGCUCGGAAACGCACCAUUGCAUUUGCCAGCACCUUUGCUGCCUUUUUUACCCGGGCAUUUGACCAUAUCAGGAUGGGUGCCAUUUCCCAAGGAAAUAUAAAGCUUUGUGGCUCUCACUCUGGAGUUUCUAUUGGUGAGGAUGGGCCCUCUCAGAUGGCCUUAGAAGAUAUAGCUAUGUUCAGAACCAUUCCAGGAUGCACUGUAUUCUACCCAAGUGAUGCUGUUUCCACUGAACAUGCAGUCUGUUUGGCAGCCAAUACCAAGGGGAUAUGUUUCAUUCGAACCAGCCGUCCAGAGACUCCCAUUCUAUACUCCCAGGAAGAAAAAUUUGACAUUGGCCAUGCCAAGGUUGUGCGUAAGAAUGAUGCUGACAGGGUGACAGUUAUUGGAGCAGGUGUUACACUCCAUGAGGCCCUUGCAGCUGCUGAUGAGCUGGCCAAACAAGACAUUUAUAUCCGGGUGAUUGACCCCUUUACCAUCAAGCCCUUGGAUGCUGACACCAUCAUCUCCAAUGCCAGAGCCACUGGGGGCCGUAUCAUUACUGUUGAGGAUCACUACAAAGAGGGAGGUAUUGGGGAUGCUGUGGCAUCAGCUGUCUCCGAAGAACCUGGUAUCUUAGUCCACAGCCUGGCUGUGUCAGGAGUACCACGGAGUGGAAAACCAUCUGAGCUCCUGGAUCUGUUUGGGAUUAGUGCAAAGCACAUUGUAGCAGCUGUGAAGAGCACCUUUGCCAAUUGAUACUGUUGUCUAGUUUGGGGUAAAUGAGCUCACAAACGUAUGAUAACUGGAUUCUGAGGAGAAAGUGGUAGUUGCUUGGUUUACUGGUAACAAAACACCCAACAAACUGCUUUGUGACUAAGAAAUCAUCUGACUUCCCAUGUUUAAUUUUGAUAACCAUGCUGCUGUUAACAUUCCCCUGUGGGCUUUGACCUUCUUCUGAAUGCAAAUGUAGCUUUAAAAACAGUCUGAGUUACAUUCCAAAACCCUUUCUCCAGUUACUACACCAUUCUUAAUCUACUUAUAUAUUAACUGGUCCUGAAAGCCUCCCCACAAAUAUAUGUGGACCAGAUAGUGCUUGUCUUACCUGAUCCUGGUUGUCACCUACUGUUGGGCCUGCUCCUACCCUACUUGGUUUUCCUCUCUCAGGCUUGUCAUUCCAAGGCCAUGUUGGGUAGACCUUUCCCUGGGCUGUUUCCUAGCAGGAGGUAUGGACACAUUAUUAGUACUUGGUGCAGAGUGCAAUUGGGUCCCACAAAAAUGUUCUUGUUUCUUUGUAAUAUCAACAGUGUUGUCAUAGAACUCAAUGUGACCAAGAUAAUUUUUCCUAUUUAACGUGUACUGUAUUGCUGUUAACAAUAUGCAGCCAGCAGAUCAAUAAAUAACUUUGCAGUA